ACACCGGUUUAUACAAUAAGAUAGGACUGAAGAAAAAAAAAGCGAGUAUGAACUUCGGGGAAAUUCGGGUUUGGCUCUCUCGUCUGUGAAACGCAGGCUUGCCAACGUGAGUAUUCGGGUAUGUCCAGAAGUACGAGUGAAUCGUAGGCUUCUCAUAUUUGGAAAACUUAGGAAACUUAACGAAUCUCUUAUAACUGUUGGUUUCCCAGGUUCUUGUGAUACCAAAUGUUGGUUUUCGAGAACUAUCUAGUCCUCUAAAGGAAUGUGGGUUAAGAUGUUCAGUUCAUGUUUCCAUGUAUAAGCGUGAUUCUUGUCGUUGGCUUAAAUCUGUUGACCACUAAAAAAAAACUGAUCGGCUCUUUCCCCGUUGUGCCGGGCAGGAACUGGGGUCCUAGGUAGAUGUUGAGAUCUGUAGGUUGAUAUUUAAAAAAUAAAAAUUAAAGAUGGUGAAAAUUGGGCUGCAAAUCUCCGGGACGUUGGAGAACGUGGCGAAGCUUGUAGCUCCGCAGCCUGACUUCACGUACUUCAUGAAGCUGCAGUGCGCCUCGUGCCAGGAGGUGACCGACUCGUGGGUGGCCGUCUCGGCGGCGGAGCAGGUGGCCGGACGGUCGGGGCGCAACACCGUCAACUUCCUGUCCGUCUGCAAGUUCUGCCACAAGGAGAAGGUCAUGAACGUCCUCCAAGAGACCAACACUCCCUACCUCAAAGAUGACGAAGACAGGUUCAAGACCAUCAUUGCCUUUGACUGCCGCGGGGUGGAGCCCGUGGAGUUUGACUUCCGGGACGGCUGGACGGUGGUCAGCGACGGCGGCCGCGAGUUCACGGACGUCGCGAUAGAGGAUGGCGAGUGGGUCGACUUUGACGAGCAACUGAAGGCAUCUGUUGGCUUGUACGACAUGAAGUCCAAGUUUGUCAAAGUUUAAAGGAAGUGUUGCUAAGUUUUGCAAGAUGAGUGCAUUUGUUAUUUACAGCAUAAUUAUUGUGGCUCUCCGAGUGUAAAUGAUGACUUCAAGGGGAACAACUGGUUGAGUGUGGUUGUCUAUGAAACUGGUGUAUGUACAUAGUCUAACUUAAAGGUUUUAGUUUUUUGGUAGUGAACAUGAAGAUAAUCCAUGGAAUCGCAGCAGUCAAGCAAAACUGGAGUAUUGUUGCAUUCACUUUGGUAGAAUUCAUUUGUCUUUGAAUAAUUAUGAAAUAUUGUGAAAUUUUGUGUAGAACAUGGUUGUACAAGAAGCUGUUAGUUUGAUUUCCCAGUGCGUAGUUACAGCAUUGAAUUACAUACCUGUUCUAAUUCAGUGGCAUGCAAUGUAAAUAAAUGCUACAGCAAAUGCACAGA